AUGGCGAUCUCGCCGCAGCGCCGCUUGCUUUGGCAACCACAAAACCUCAACUCUACUGAGACAGAUCGAUUUCGGCGAUUCAUCAACAAGAGGCACAAUCUGUCCAUUCGCGACUAUGGCGAGCUUCAUGCCUACUCCGUGAGCAAAGAGUCAGCUGGGGACUUCUGGGUUGAUCUGUUCUUGUUUCUCGAUAUCAAGGCAGAUGUGAUUCCACGGUCAUCAUAUCUGGGCCAUUUACCAAUGUACUCGCCUCCCCAAUUCUUCCCUGGCAUCAAAUCAAACUUCGCGGCAAAUCUGCUUCUGGGCAACAAUCCCAAGGAUAUUGCAAUCCAUGCGUGCAAUGAGGGCGGCAUCAAUUUGAUCCAUGUCACUUGGGGUGAGUUAUAUCGCAGAGUGGAGCAAACAGCGGACGCCAUGGCGGCAUUUGGCAUCGGCGUCGGCGAUAGGGUUGCUGCUGUGAUCUCAAAUCGACCAGAAACCAUGAUCUUAUGUCUCGCAACACUUUCUCUCGGAGCUUUGUGGUCGACCUCGUCACCGGACAUGGGAGAUCAGGGCAUCCUCGAUCGAUUAUUGCAGAUCCGCCCGAAACUUGUCUUCGCGGAAAGUGCGGUACUUUAUAAUGGGAAGAUCAGAAAACUCAUGGAAAAGCAUUCGGCGUGUGCUUCACGUAUGCAGACGACUCCGGAGUUCAUCACAUAUGUUGUGAUUGAACACCCCGAUCAGCCUGUCAAGAUAUUGCAGGGCUCUGGCCUCAUUGGAUAUCCCGAGUUUCUGCAGCGUCGCGUGGGUAGAAAGUUAUCCUUUGAACAACUUCCUUUCCACCAUCCUGGCUUCAUCGUCUAUUCGUCAGGAACGACAGGACAACCCAAAUGUAUUGUGCACAGUGCUAUGGGACUGCUACUUCAGGUGAGAAAAGACUCCACCUUUUGUUUCGAUGUCCGUCCAGGCGACACGCUCCUACAGUAUACCACGACCGGCUGGAUUAUGUGGGCCAUGGUCUUAUGCGGUCUGGCAUAUAAGGGCCGUGUCGUGGUGUACGAUGGGUCACCAUUAUUGCCCGACAAAUUGGUGCUGUUUCGCUUGGUUGAGAAGCUCAAAGUAAAGUUACUUGGUACUUCCGCGCGUUUCCUCUCUGACUUGAAAGCCGAGAACCUGAAGCCGAAGAAUCAUUGCGAUCUUUCCAGCUUGCGUACUAUCACUUCGACGGGAAGUACGCUGGCAGCUGAUGUCUGCAAUUGGUUCUAUGACGAAGGGUUUCCUGCGCAUAUUCAUCUUGCUUCUACUAGUGGCGGAACAGAUUUGGCCUGUUCUCUCGUGAGUGGAACUCCAACACUUCCAGUGUACUCAGGCGAGAUCCAAUGCGAGAGUCUCGGAAUGGCGGUCGAUAUUGCAGAUGUGACAAAAGCCGAACUCCAUUCAAUCAAAUCAUCUGGAAAGCCGGGAGAGCUCGUCUGUACGAUGCCUUUCCCCAGCCAACCUGUCAUGUUCUGGGGCAGUACCGGAGCAAAACGAUAUGAGAGCUCUUAUUUCGAGCGCUUUGGGAGAAAGGUCUGGAAUCAGGGUGAUUUCGUCCAGAUGAGUACGGAUACUGGAGGAUUCUUGAUGCUUGGACGAUCCGAUGGUGUGUUGAAUCCGUCUGGUGUUCGAUUUGGAUCGGCGGAAAUUUACGAAGUCGUCGAUAAGUUGCCUUAUGCCGAAGAUACCAUCUGCGUGGGCCAGAGAAGAGCAAGAGAUGCGGACGAGUCGGUCAUCUUGUUCGUCAAGAUGCAGCAGAACAAACCUUUGACCACCGCGAUGAAAAAAGAGAUACAAUCCGCGAUCCGAACGGCUCGAUCUCCGCGCCACGUACCGAAAUACAUCUUCCAGGUCCCCGAGAUCCCUUAUACAAUCAACGGCAAGAAGGUUGAAAUUGCUGUAAAGCAGAUCGUCUGUGGCACCUCGAUUACUCCAUCAAGUACCGUGGCCAAUCCACAGUCUCUCAAGUUCUUUGAGCAAUUUCUGGAGGUCGAACAAGCUGCAAGAGGGAGCGAGUCACCUUCUGCGAAGUUGUAG